AAGAAAUACGCCGCGUACCAACGUGUUUCACACCACCUACCCGGUGACCCCAGGGAUGCACAAAGUAUAAAAUGUGAGGUUUUCAACCUGAAACAGAGAUGCUUUCUGUUAUCUUUAGAAGAAGCACCUUUGCAGUCCAGAAGGUGUGGCAUUGGGCAGGUCCUCCACAAAGAUGCUGGACCUCUGCCGUGACUGCAGUUUCUGAUGGUGGAUCCAGCUCCCUGCAGACCUGCUGGGCCUCAACAGCAAGGGCACUCAACAAUGGAUGCAUAAAAACUCCUGCUGUCCUCAGUUUUAGGAGGAUUGAGCUCUUCCAGAGGACCCUGACUCAUGCAGCUCCGUUUUUAGUGAGGAACCAACAUUUCCACUCUUCUCCUGUGAGGAUGAAGAAGCGACCACAGGCUGAACCUCCUCCCAGAGAGCUGGAUCUGCUGCGGUAUGACAUGAAGGAGUUGGGGAAAAGUCCCAAACCAGCCCUGUACCUGGGGUUUGCCGGGCUGAUCCCCUUUGUUGUCCCCACACUGCUUAUGGCUAUGAAUGAGGUCUACUGUCCAGAGUUGGCCUAUGCUCAGUUAGCUUACGGUGCCUCCAUUGUUUCCUUCGUGGGCGGAGCUCGCUGGGGCUUCGCUCUUCCUGAGAACAGCCCAGCUAAACCUGACUGGAUAAACCUUGCCAACAGCGUGGUUCCCUCCCUGUUCGCCUGGGGCGCCAUGUUGAUGAGCGACAGCAUUCUUUCUGGAGCCACCAUGGUUAUCAUGGCACUUGGAAUCUCGUUGCAUUAUGAUCUGUCUCUGCUGCCUACUUACCCCAGCUGGUUCAAAGCCCUGCGCGCCAUCCUGACCACUGUAGCGUUUCUUUCUCUUGUUGGUACUCUUGUAAUCCAAGGAACAUACCCGGAAAAGAAGAUGUUCUCUGAUUAAAUAGUAUAGAAAUAUUUAAUACUAUAAAGCCACCAUGUUCUUAUUUUGUUUUUUAUUGCAGUUUUCUGCCCCUCGUCUGACUUGAUCACAGUCCUGUCUGAUCUGUAUGGUUUUCUGGAAGUUGUGCAUUUUAUGGAUCAUGCUAAAAACUGGCUUCUGUAAAAGCAUGACAGUAUAGAAGUAACAUCUAAUGUGCACUCAGGACAUACAGUAUGUUUCCUCUUUGUAUUUUUUCCCCUCAUCAGGCCCUUACAUUAAAGUCUCUAUGAAGAAGUUUUAUGUGACUGAA